AGAGUUUAAGACGGUAUUCUAAAUCCCUGUACCUGAAGUAGGGUUGCCAGUAAGUUUAUUUUUAUACUAACGUUUGCUCCUGUACCUUUUUAACGACAUAUUGAUUUACAGUCAGCAAAUGCUAACAUUGAUUUCUAAGCUGUUUAAGCUUAACUUGCUGACUUUUACAGAUCAAGCUGCUAUUAAAUACACAGGAGCAACACCAUUCUUUUUCUGGUCAGUUGUCAGUGCUAUCCUAUGAUAAUACCUAUAUUCCAAACAGAAUUGCACUCUGUCCCUUUUAUGCAAAUGUCAAACACUGUUAUUAAUUGCCCAAUUGUUAAAGGGCAGAUUACACAGUUGUGACAAGAAACUGAGAACAUCUGGAGGAUGAGUCAACCACCCUUCCUCCUACAGCAUUUUUAAUUCAGCCUGCAGGGAAACUAGAAGCUGAAGCACUGCCUAGAGCAUAAAGCAAAAAGAAGUUGUUUCAGAGAAAGAGAAAAUGCUGAGGUUGGAAUGGUAUGCACACUUUACAGGCAGUCAAUCCCAUUCAAAUUAAGAUGAUGUGCAUUAAUUUCCAAGUAACCAUGCAUCAGAUCAGCUGCAUAUAAUGUUCUAUAGGGGAAAAGGUAACCAAAAUAAUCAAAGGAUUAUAGCCCCUCUCCUGCUAGGAUCAUCAAGUGUUGGAGGCCUUUUAGGUUAGAAAAAGACAGCUGAGAAAUGGUAAUAUGGUGUUUAUAACAUUUGAAUGGCACAGUGUCGCAAGACACUUAGCACCUUCUUGUAUAGAUUUGCGGCACAGCAAUGAGGAGAGUGAGGGACACGGGUGGCACUGUGGUCUAAAUCACUGAGCCUAGGGCUUGCCAAUCGGAAGGUCGGCAGUUCUGUCCCAGCUCCUGCCAACCUAGCAGUUUGAAAGCAUGUCAAAGUGCAAGUAGAUAAAUAGGUACUGCUCCAGCAGGAAGGUAAAUGGCGUUUCCGUGCACUGCUCUGGCUUCGCCAGAAGCAGCUUAGUCAUGCUGGCCACAUGAUGCGGACAAACGUUGGCUCCCUCGACUAGUAAAGUGAGAUGAGUGCCGCAACCCCAGAGUCCUUUGCAACUAGACUUAACUGUCAGGGCUCCUUUACCUUCAUAAAAUAAGGAUAGUGCAGAACUGUGGCCUGGAGUGGCUGACCAGGUUUCUGAAGAGAUGGGUCCAGCAUUAUCUCCCAGGGCCAGGCACCACCUCAGCUUGUGGGAACAGUUCUGCUCAUCUUGACAGACCGUGUGCUAUACAUUUUUUGCUAGUAAAGCUUGCUGGGUGGGUAUAAAAAGUUGUUGGGAUAUUUUCUUUUCUUACUUAUCUCCACUGCUGGGCAUCACUUCAUUUUUCAAUUAGGAGAAGAGACUUAAGUAAGGGUGGGGAGGAAUUUUUCUUUCUUCAUUUUUACCCACUCCCCGAAGCCAAACUAUAAAGUCAUUCUUAAAGUAUGUUUUGCAGUAGCUACAGCCGCUGAGAAUUCCAAGAGAAUUAACAGGGUUGCAAAGCAAAUAAACACGAGCCUUUGACAAGUGUACCUUGUACAGUUAAUUGUAUAUAACAUUAGUUCACCAGUGACCCAAAGUGGAUCAUACAUUAAAUGCAUAUGGGCACUUCCAGGGUAUCCAAUUUUUCUUGUUAAAAUAGCAGCCAUGGCAAUGGCGACGGAGGAAUCAGAAUCAUGACAUGUGGGAAGAGAGUUAGAGAGUUAAACCUUAAGCACCCACAGUUCUUAUCAGCCCCCCUAUGGUUGCUAUUUAAAUAAGGAAAUGAUACAUAUUGAACAUAUAAUCUUGUUUGGCCCUCUUUGUGAAAAACCAGUGAGCUGGCCAUUAAGCACAAGCAAAGCAACACCCCUUCACAGUCCCAUGGCACCCUGUUGCUGGUUCACCUUACCACAAGCCAACUCUUACUGUCCAUUUUAAGGCCUUUCUCUAAAUCCUAUGUAUGACAUGCUGAAACCAAGUCAUGUCAGUGGAAUGUUUGUCCUAUCAAGGCAUUAUCAAAAUACAGAUACCCAAAUUUGGUUCCACUUUGGGGAACAGAAUGCUCUGUUAUUUAGAUCGUACACGGUGGAACCUAAUAAAUUAAGUGGGAAUGCAUUCCUAUUUGACAUCACCACAGCAUUUAACUAUAACCUAACAUUUCCUUGGGAAGACUCUAACAUGUAACCUUUCAAUACAAACACACUCUAGAUAGUAUAGGUGAAGCCACCUCACCUCUAAUCAAUGGAACCUCUUUCUUUUUGGAUCGGGUUUAGCUGAAGUGAGGCUGAUAUUCUCUCGGUACAAAAGGGACAAUUUGAAAAGACUCUUGUCAACACAUGUCACAGAUAAUUGUGACCUAGCAGCUUUAUUUGGUGACAUCACUCCUUGUACCCAGAGUAGGGUCUUCAACAACUGGGCAAAGAGUCCUCUACGCUUAUACCAUCUUCCUUAAUUCCAGACAAGCCUGGCCCCAAAAAUGAGGAUGCAGUUUACAGAAAAGAACCACAACAGUUUUAUGAUGCAGGCCCUCAACAAACAGAGAAAGAACCGGGAGUUUUGUGAUGUGGCCCUCAGUGUGGACCAGAAAGUCUUCUAUGCCCACCUCAAUGUUUUAGCAGCCAUGUCCUCCCAUAUUAGGAAUCUGAUAUCCAGCAAUGACAUGAAAGCGGAUGAUGAACUCUUUAUCAUCAUUGAUGCCAAGUUCCUGAGCUCCGAGUUGGUGGAGCAAUUGCUUGACUACUUCUAUACUGGGAAGAUUGUAAUUUCUGAGAAGAACGUGGAGGACCUGCUGAAGGGAGCCAAGUAUUUCAGUUCCCCAUCUCUAAAGAGCCACUGCUCUGACUUCCUCCUUCGGUCCCUUAAGAAGAACAACUGCCUCUACUACAUGCUCCUGGCCACCUCAUAUGAUAUGAAAGAUGUGGCAAAUGCUGCUUAUGAUGGUAUACGAGACAACUUCAACUACUGGGCAGGCCCUGGAAUAACAGACUUCAUGCACUGCCCCCCUAAUGUCUUCAGCAGGCUCCUUAAAGAUGAACAUCUUCAUGUACAAAACGAGGACCAAACUCUCUCAACCCUCCUCCAGUGGGUGAAAUACAGAAAGGCUGAAAGGGAGAAAUAUUUUAAGAAGUAUUUUACCUACAUUCAUUUAUCCGCUGUCUCCACCAGUAUGCUUCUGUCCACUUGCCGUGAAGUGUUACUCUUUGCAGACCACACUGGUCCCCUGUCCCGGAUAGAGAGCACUUUGAGUGAUCGUAAAAAGGGCAAUCCUCAAAGCCUGAUGCUUCAACAAAGGAAAGGGGCGUUAAUGGACUCUGUGGUGAUCUUAGGAGGGCAAAAAGAGCAGGGUAAGUUCAACAGUGGGGUUUUCGCUUAUAUCAUUGGAGAGAACAUCUGGCUAAAGCUGACAGAGAUGCCUUACAAAGCAGCUGCUCUCAGUGCAACAUCGCUAGGGAGAUACAUUUAUGUUUCUGGAGGAACAACAGAGCAGAUCUCUGGCUUGAAAACAGCUUGGAAGUAUGAUAUAGAUACUAACUCCUGGAUCAAACUUCCGGAUCUGCCCAUAGGUUUGGUCUUCCACACCAUGGUGACUUGUGGGGGGGCAGUGUACUCUGUAGGAGGAAGCACGGCCCCAAGGAAGUACAUUUCAAGUAUCUACAAGUACGACGAAGGGAAAGAGAAGUGGAUUCUUGCUGGAAAGAUGAGUAUUCCUAUGGAUGCAACUGCAUUGAUCACCAAGGGAGACAAGACUAUUUACAUUGUGACAGGAAGGUGCUUGGUGAAUGGGCGCUUCUCCCGAGUAGGUGUGCUGGACUGCUUUGACACUCAGACUAAGAAUGUGGUGCAGUACAUCACGUUUCCCAUUCAGUUCAAUCACAAGCCCUUGCUGUCCUUUCCUCAGGAGAAUGUCUUGAGCAUACAGAGCCACAAAGAGAGUCUGGAAAUAAACCUGCAGAAGAUCAAAAUGAGCAAAUCCACAAAACUUGUCCCACUCUUGCCAAAUAACUACAGCUUGGAUCUUUCACAUGCAGUGUGCUCAAUUGGGGAUAACAAGGUGUUUGUGUGUGGUGGCCUGAUCUGCCCAGGUGACACACGUCCAGAGGAGUAUGCCAUCAACCGGCAUGCAUAUAUGUUAGAUCAAAGUCUAGGGGAAUGGAGGAUUUUGGCUCAGCCUCCAGAAGCUCUGGAUUGCCCUGCUUGCUGUACAGCUAAGUUGCCAUGCAAGAUUCUCCAAAAAACUGUAGUCAAUUAAUAAGGGAAGACAAAAACAAACCAGAAUUUAUAGCAAUAAAGAAUGACUGAAUUGUAAAUCACAGG